GUCCCGGGGCCAUGCCCGCCGCUUAGCCCCCGUGCUGCCAUGCUGGUGGCCGGCUCGCCGUGCUGCCCCGCCGGGCUGGAGGAGUACCGGGGCUGCGGGGCUCGGCGGGGCGGCGAGGACAGAGGGGUCAAGGUCCCCCGGCAGCUGGGGAAGGGCCCCAGCGCCUUCAUCCCCCUGGGAGAGAUCCUGCAGGAAGGUGCGGAGAGCAGCCUGCGCCAGCUCCUCAUCGAGGCCUUCGUCUCGGCGGGCAGGGUGGACAACAUCACCAUGGUCAUGGGGCUGCACCCCCAGUAUCUCAGCAGCUUCUGGAAGACCCAGUACCUCCUGCUGCGCAUGGACGGGCCCCUGCCCUACCACAAGCGCCACUACAUCGCCAUCAUGGCAGCAGCCCGGCACCAGUGCUCCUACCUGGUGGGCUUGCACAUGGGGGAGUUCCUGCAGGUGGGGGGCAAUCCGGCGUGGCUGCAGGGGCUGCACUGUGCCCCCCAAAAACUCAGGAACCUCAAUGAGAUCAACAAACUGCUGGCGCACCGGCCCUGGCUCAUCACCAAGGAGCACAUCAAGGCUCUGCUGAAGACGGGGGAGAAUAGCUGGUCGCUGGCGGAGCUGGUGCAGGCCCUGGUGCUCCUCACCCACUACCACUCGCUCGCCUCCUUCGUCUUUGGCUGCGGCAUCAACCCCGAGGAGGACCAGGAUGGGGGGCAUGGCUGCCGGCCCCCCUCACCCCACAGCGACAGCAGCCCUGCCUCUGAUGACAGCAUGGGGGGCUCUGGGGGCAAAGAUGCCAUGGAGGAGGUGGAGGUGCUGAUGGAGAGGAUGAAGCUGCUGCAGGAAAGCCAGCUGGAGGAGGAGGGUGUCACGCAGGAGGAGAUGGCGACGCGCUUUGAGCUGGAGAAGACGGAGAGUUUGCUGGUCGCUCCCUCGGAUAUUGCAGAUCACUCCCUGCAGUCCAACAUCCUCUGCUUCGUGGAGGACCCCGAGUUCGGCUACAAGGACUUCACGCGGAGGGGCGAGCAGGCACCCCCUACGUUCCGUGCACAGGAUUACACCUGGGAGGACCACGGCUACUCGCUGAUCAACCGCCUCUACCCCGACGUGGGGCAGCUCCUGGACGAGAAGUUCCAGGUCGUCUACAACCUGACGUACAACACCAUCGCCAUGCACUGCGGCGUGGACACGUCCAUGCUGCGCAGGGCCAUCUGGAACUACGUCCACUGCGUCUUUGGCAUCCGCUAUGACGACUACGACUACGGGGAGGUGAACCAGCUCCUGGAGCGCAGCUUGAAGAUCUACAUCAAGACAGUGGCUUGCUACCCAGAGAAGACGACCAAGCGGAUGUACACGCAGUUCUGGAGACACUUCAAGCACUCGGAGAAGGUGCACAUCAACCUGCUCUUGCUGGAGGCUCGGAUGCAGGCGGCUCUGCUCUACGCCCUGAGAGCUGUCACCCGCUACAUGACCUGACCGGCCUCUGCUCCCUCCUCCUCCUCCUCCUCCUGCCCCAGGUUUGGGGGAAAGGCCAGGGGGGAGCUGGUACCCUAAAGACUUUGCUGGAAUAUUGUCUCCCCUCCUUAAGGGGUCUGGAGCUGUGGAAGGAAAGGGGGGGGCUUCCCUGCCCCUCAUCCCAGGAGAAGGGGAUCCCCAAGAAGCCGUCAGUGCCAGGAAGACCCCGGAGUGCUGCUCUGGGCUUGGCAGAGGUGGGGGUGCUCGACUGCUCCGUGCCUUUCUCGGGGUGAGCCCGAACGAAGCCAAACUGGGGUGCUCGUGGGUGCUGCCUUCACCGCGCAGUGCUGAUGUUACCUCUCUGUGCCACGUCCUGGCACCAAGACUGCCGCCGCGGAGGACUGUCCUCGUGCCAGGGAUCACCAGAGGGUAUUGUGGGCUUCGCCCCCGCUUCUUGGGGUCUCAUCGUGCUGGAAGACAUGCAGCUGCUGGUGGGGAUGCUGCCCUGGCACCCCCUCCCCACCUCUCUGGCUCACACCCGAGGAAGGCCCCGCAGGAGUGGUGGGAAGGAUCCGGCCAUCCCGUCGCCCACCCAGGCACCCCCAGCGCCACUAGUCUCCGAGCUGAAUCCCCCCACGUCAGGGUCCGAAUGGCUGGGGGAGAGGCUGCGGCUCUUCCCUGCCCUGGCCCGGGUGUUUCUGCUGCCUUCAGUGCCUGCUGUGACAUGGGGACGUCCCCUCCGUGGCUGGGGGUGCACGCAGCCCCUCGCUGCUCCUCCCUGUGCACCCUGGCACGGCCGGACCCCAGCCCAGCCCUCGGAUCGGGGCUGCAGGAGGGGUUCAGCUCUGCCUGCCCGAGCCCCCUGCGAUUUGGGACAUGAAGUGCCUCUUAACCUGGGUCCCAGGGCAGGAGCAGGGUGAGGGUAGGAGUGCCUGCGGUGUGUUUUACACCUUUUUUUU